AUGAGACACAAGUUGGAUGAGCAAUUUGGGAGAUUUAUUGAUAUGCUCAAACAACUUCACCUUUCUUUACCUUUCACCGAUGUUAUCGACCAAAUGCCUAAUUAUGCCAAAUUCCACAAGGACAUUUUGAGCGGAAAGAGGACUUGUGAUGUUGUGGAGACAAUCAAUUUGACUGAAAAUUAUAGUGCGAUCAUCAUGAACAAAAUGCCACCCAAGUUGAAAGACCCCAGAAACUUUUCCAUCCCUUGUGUUAUUAACAAGAUGCAAUUUGAUAAUGCCUUAUGUGACUUAGGAGCUAGUGUAAGCUUAAUGCCAUAUUCGGUUUAUCAAAGACUUGUUCUAGGGGAACUCUUACCUUCUAACAUUACCUUGCAACUAGCCGAUAGGUCAAUCAAGUUUCCAAAAGAAAUGGAUGAAGAUGCUACCAUUCCAAUUAUUCUAGGUAGACCCUUUCUUGCUACCUCGGGUGCUAUGAUAGAUGUAAAGUUUGCAAAGAUUUCCCUAAAGGUAGGAGAUGAGAACUUGCUCACCUCUAACGAUGCUCUUGAGAAUGUUUUGUUGAACAAAGACAAGCUAGGUGUACCAUACAAGGAGGUAGCAUUGUAUGAGGAAUUUCUUAAGGAAGCAUGGAGGAAGUGGAUGAACAAUUGUGCUUGA